AUGUUUCAGCUUUGGAAGCUUCUUCUCUUGUGCUACUUGCUCCAUGGGACCUCUGCAGGUCUUCUUCUCAAUUUUGGCCAUGGCCUGAGUAAUCUUGUGGACCAAGUGAAACCUAUUAUCCACAAUGGGCUUGAGACUGUUGACAAUGUAUCUGAAGGUUUUCUGAAUCUCAACUCAAGGGUGCUUCAGAAUAUCAGUGCUAAGAAGAAGAUCCCAAGAAUCGAGAAUGUGGUGGAACUUGCCUUGCCUUACGUGCAUCCAAGUCUGGAGAACCCUUUUGGGGUGAAAAUCACCAAGACUGUCAUCAGGGACAUCCAAGCUGAAUGGGCAGCAGAUGGAAGAAGUAUCAACCUGAGGUUUCUGGCCACUGCUAAUGUCACUGUGGCCCUCCCCCUCGUUUGCAAGAGGGUCAACCUGGAGGUCUCCUUGGACCCCCUGGCUGGAAUCAGGCUUGUACCAGUACCUCAGACCAAUCUUUUCACCGUGGUUGUGGGAGAAUUCACUGUUGACCCAGCCAGCAUCACAGUCUCCUUGCUGGACAGAGCUGAUGACAUGAUCAACAAGGCCAUGGACUCAACAAUUGGUGUUCUGAAGAUGAUCGUUUCUACCUUGUUACAGAAGCAAGGUGAGGAGGGGUUGAUAGUAGUGGCCAUCACUGGAUCCCACACGGAAGCCCUUUGCCAUGUCCAUUCACUGCCACUAUGCAUCAUCUAA